AACGUCGUAACGCGGUUCCCCGACCUCACCUCGUGGUGCAAGCUCCUCCCAGACAACCCGGAAACCCAGAAAACUGCAGCCGCCUCCCGCAUCACCGCGAAAGCCAAAUCGAGUGCGCCUGACUGCUUCCGAACCUGAAACAGCAACCGAAGCUGAGAUCCUGACGGCAUCUCUUCAGGCGUUGGACCCUCGCAUGCUCAAGAGACUGCGACAUUCAGGAGAGCUCCUGCAUUCCUACUCGGAAGAAAGACAGCGCACGACUGAGCAAAGUUUUGUUAAGUCAAGCAUCCGAGAAACUUCUGCGGCGUUGUGCACCAGAAAAGCUCUUCAAGGAAGCUGCGCUGAGGUAUCAGUCGCACCGCUUCUAUUUCGGGGCAGCCAUUUUUUUCCUGAACGACAUCUCCUGCACGCGACAGGCGAACCGUGUAUUAAACGGCAGCUGGAGCCUACGCAACGAGCUCCGCUGCCCGUAAUUGCACGCUUCUCCCUGUUCCGCGCAUUUUUGUGUGCUAAAUAUUAGUCUCCGCCUUCAGGAACACCUGGAAGUGACAGUAGCGUUCCAACCAGCACAUUUUAAGACUUUUCGAAGAGGAUCUGGCAUCCCGGAAAGUUCGACCAAGUGUGCGACGACGGUUCGUGGAGUAAACCGACAGCGGGUCGACGCAUCAGUGUGUGUUGUGCGCGCAGUAGCUUGUGUUUGAAACCGACGAAGCGUCUGCGACGCCGCAAGCCGGCUUUGCUGGAACAGAACCCACGAUACCUUCGCGAUGAGCAUCUUGCGCAUUCCUUGCUACACUGUGAACCCGGAGCCACGCUGAAGAAAGAAUACCAAAUCCUAAUUUACUCUCAGGCUAACCUGUGGCCGUUGAGAGGAAGCCGUCAAAAGAGGACGACUCAAUGGUAGCGAUUUGUAAAGGUAUAGUGACUGCAUUCCGGGGUCAUUUUGUCACAUCGGCUCUGGUUUCUCGCAAACGCUGAAAAGAGCACACUCGUGUCCCCAGUGUGCUUAAUCAAACCAGCCUCGAGGGAACGUGCUCAGAGCUCACUUGCGGGGGCACGUUUCGGCCAACGGCUUCUCUCUGAAACUGCGUGAAACCUGUGCAGUGUAAUCGAUAGGGCCUCAUAAUGACUUUCUGCAACCUUGUUUCACCGUAGCGAUUCGCGUAAUAGCUGCGAAAGGUUUGGCCUUUGACCUGGUUGGUGCUGGCUUGCAUCCCAAAAGGCGUGGAGAAGCACCUUACAUGAAUAGCUUAUAGUCCAGUUGGCUUCUCUUCUCGAAAGUUUGAAACGCGCAGAACUGGUGACACUUAGGUUUAAAAGUUGUGAACAGUACGUACAGUAAAAAACAAAAAAAAGCUGUGGCUUUUUACCUGCUCUCUUUGCGCUGCAAAAGGCUGAAUAAUAAUUUUAACGACCAACCUUUUGCCGAGAAGCCAUUAGUGACAGCUGCACUGCGCUUGCUAUUGAACGUCGGCAGCUUCUACCAGAAUGUGAUUAAGUAACGGGAGUGGCGUGUCAGCUCAAAUUUGUAUUUGUCCAGAGAAUCAGGUAAUUUGUCGCAAUCACCGCUGUCCAGGCAGAGUAGUGAAAGAGUUGUAUGGGCCCUUGCGCUUAAUCUUGUAUACAGGAGUGUUACACCUCGCUAAAACAUUUUAUUGCAAUCGAAGCCCUGUACUCCCUUUGCUCCGCUCUUUACUUUACACAGUCAGAUAAAACACAAGGGUUAUGUGAAUCAUAAAUGCGAAUUCAUUCGGACGCUUCUGUAAUGGUCCCUUCGCUAUCAGCGAAAUAUUUGCUUUCGAAAUGGGGGCCAGGUAUGCCGCUUCUUUUGGGAAAAAGAACAUCGAUCAUUCGCUGUGCCGAACGAAGUUGUGCAACACGUUUCUGAAGCACGCAAUAUUCCGAUGCGCUCGCGGCCACACAGCGUUACUUAGCGAUGUCAGACGUUUAUCUGUGUAGUCACGUAGCGCACGUAAGCGUUUCUCCAACUGCGGUCUCCUAAGGAAGGUGGACACACACAAAAAGUUAAGUAUUACGAGUGCUUCGGGGAGUAGCUAACGGCCAGUGACCUAAACUAACCAUGCCCGAUCAACGAACGCCGACCAACGCCUGACUCGUUUCGUUUUUGAGAAAGAGAAAACGAUCUUUACGAGCGAGAAGGAAAUACACCGUGUCGUUUUGGAAGAGAAGCCAGGAGAUCGAAACGCGAUCAUUACGCCGGCAUCACUGUCGGCGAUCACCGACGUUACAUCAACGAGACCAGUUUGAAAGCGGGGAGAGAUUGCCGGAAAGCAAGAAGAAGAAAUAUAGAACCCUUCACCGGUGAACUGAGGUGUGCGCGCGUCGAGGUUGUGUUUUUUUUUUGCUUUCGCUCGGUUGUUGCUGCUCGUGAGUGCGUUGCUCCGUACGUGCCGUGUGCAGUGCGCGACUCUGUGCUAGUGCAUCCGUGCGUGAAGCUACCACGUGCCCGAAAGUGCUUCGAGGGAGACGACACGUUUUAUCGCUCCACCCGGGCAGCCCCAGAGGACGAGACGGGUCGGCCUACAAAGCUUUUCAAGCCUGGUCGGCCUCCCUACCGUUCACAGCAGUUAUAAGAGGGGGGGCCACGGGAACUCCAAUUCUGCGAGUCCCAAGCGCCAUAGGCGCGCAGCGUCCUUUGUUGUGCAAAAAAGAGGGAGACAAGGCACAGAUAUUCCCAGCGAUCGCUCCUCCUGUACCGACUUCCGCAUUUCAGCGAACUCUUGGAGUUAGGGAAGAAACUGAUUUAAAAAACAAGAAGAGAGGCCUCGCAAGACGAAUGUGAACUCUUCAUUCAGCUUUUCGAGUGUGUUAGUGUAUAUCUGGCGUGGCGUCAACUUCGAAAUGUAGCGAUCGUUCAUCUAGCUCACGAAGUGAGGGAGUUGUUAGGUGUAGUGAGACAUUGCUGUCUUGGGAAUAUCGCGCGCAGCUCUAUCCGCUUGAGACGAGACAUUUCUGAGAGGAAUAUAGAGAUAGAUGCCUCCAAACUGCAAAAGCACAGCUUGACUGAACGAGCGAACGAUCCGAGAGCGAUCACUGGAGUUUGUCAAUCGCCGCGAUUUGGCAAGAUCGUUUAGUUGCAAGGCGAAUAUAUUUAUUCCCUGCAACAGUUUUCUCCUCGUACUCUAACCCACGCUUUGAAUAUCGGCCAACGUUUCUCCAAGCUUUUGUCGAGAAGGGUGACGUGUUAUCCGUCUCAAUUACGUACUUUGUUCAGCCAGUGCAAAAUAAGGACGGAUUUAUUUCUUGAAAGCUGGCAACAGGCCAAAUGAGGAGUGACUCUUGAAGAUUGCUUGAAACUACGGUAGGCGCUGAUUCAGUACCGAACGCAUUGGAAUAAACGUCAUCAACAUCUCUAUAUAACAUACGGUAGAAAAGCUAUUCGUUUUAUCGUUUUUUACUUGUAUAUUGCGCAUAAAAAGAAACACAGCCAGGAGUCGUAUGCGUUCUUUCACAAUAGAGCGAAACAAAAUCCGGGAAGAAGGGUUAAGAACAGCGUGUGGAGAGGGUGAUUCGAAGUCGUAGCUAGCCAAGCCGACGUCAGCAACCGCUGUUGUCUCGGCGCUUUACGAUCAGGAACCGAGGCAGGCGCCCGACUCCGCUCUUGUCAGUGAGGAGAAUAAGGGGCGCACGUGAACAGAGGAAAGUCAGGUUGGCAGGAGAACCAACACGGACGCCCGUAAAAUCUACUUCGAUAAAAAUAUAGAGAGAGAGAGAGUGAGCGAGCGAGCGCAAACGGUCCAGCGACCUGCUGAAAUCGAUAAGAGCUGAAGUCCAAGCGAUUCGUUUCUUUGCCCCCCCCCCCUUUUAGCGUUUCAAGGCUUCACUAAACGUGUUGCUGUCUGUGUUACAGGUUUCCCUUUUCAUUGCCUUCGUUGUUGUUGCUUGGAUAUCCUCACCUAUAAAGCAAGCGUGUCCACAUUGUGGAAUAACAGUAUAAUGCAAGUAUCAUUGUAGAAGCUGAAAACACAGAUUGAAGAACGCAAAGGAAUCAGUAACGUAUUUAUUACAUUUAGUUUCUAUUCGUUGUUGUUUUCGUAGAUGUAAGUAAAAGGUACGUACUCGCUGGCUGUGUAGGCGGCUACUCGUGGAAGUUCCUUUACGAAACGUUUAUCCAACUCUGAAUCAUAGCUGAUUUGAUUGUGAAUGUAAGCGAAAAGCGUCAGGAGAGCCCUGAGAAACAGAUUGUACUUUCUCUAGAUAUUUCUUAAAUAAGAAAGCUAGGGUGAACACAUAGAGUGGCCACUGCUCGCUAAAGGUAUCCGAUGCUGUAAAUCGUUUUCGUUGUUGCAACGUAAAAUAAAGAAUUCUAUGCGAAAUACAUUUGUACUGGAAUCAAGUCACUGUUCUUGAAGAAGCCAGGCAGGGUACGGGAAUUAAGAUAUACUGAUUUAAGGGAUACAGUAGUGGGGAGGUACAGUAAAUAAACAAACAGAUCUGAAAAAAGAAGUGUUCGAAGUGCAACGGACAGGUCGCCGUAAUCAAGACGAAUAACUGCCGCGAACCCUUCACGACAGGAAGCGGAAACAGGAAAAAGGAAACCCAGCGGGACUGGUUUCUCUUUGUUGAGCUUGCUUCCGAUAUUUUUUUUUAUUCUGCUUCAUAUUAUCAAGAUAAACGCGCAGGAAAGUGCGCUAAGCAAGCCCAUUUUUUACGCCCUUAAGGAAAACAGGCGCGAGAUUAUACAAGGGAAGUAGACAAAGGAAAUUUAUCAGUGCUUUGCACUUGGUAGCAGAAUCAGGUAGCCUUUAAGGAUAAAGCAUAUUAGUGAGCCAAAGCAGCUAGAAAGCCGAUAAACGGUGCCUGUCACGGAAAAAAAAGACGGGCCGCUUAUCAGUUAUAGGUAAUACUUUGCGCUCACGAUGGAAAUGGCGCCUCAAAUCAACGAGUAGAUUAGGGAGGCAAUAUUGAUUUUGCGAUUACGUUCGCAACGUAGCCGGAGGAGGCCGAGCAAUAUAUAAGGGGGCAGUGAGGAUGACGAGGUAACAGAAAAAAAAACAAUACGCAUGAACGGUUCGCCUAAAGUCUGCUUCAAGUAUGUUUUCUGAUGAAAAUGACACAUAAUUUCCCAGUAACGACCUCAUUUUCGGUCAUCCCUCGUUCAAACAAAAGACGCGAGAGAUAGCGAGCGAUCCAACGAAAGCGCCAGGAAGAAAACAGGUCAUCAGGGGUAACGCACUGCGCGCUUGGGAAAUAACGUGACUCGCAAGAGUGCGAUCGUUCCCCCGAAGUGUCGCCACCGCCAGAAACGACAAUUAGGUUUCCCCCAAGGGUGGCGCUAUCUGUUAGACAGGCGGAUAACAGAGCUGCUGCUGUUAAUCUUCACGGUAAGAACUUUGAGUCAAUCAGCCUAAUCGACGCUCAAGAGCCACCGGAGGUGCCGCGCGGGGGCGGUUUUAAUGAUCAUCGAUUGAAAGAAAAGCGGCGCGAAGAGACUCCGAUGGUGGUAUGGUUGGAACAUGCGGCUUGGAAAGCGUGCUUCAGUGCUGCCGUCUUUGGGCAUUGCGCCGGGACGUGACCUGCAUCCUCCGAUCGCACAGUUACCGAACAACGAGUGUCGCCACCACUUAGCAGAGACCACGACGACGACGACCGAGACCCAAGUUUUAUGACAUUGCCGCCGAACGACCACGUCGACCGACAAAGCGCUCUCCGAGGAGAAGCCGAACAGAAGUUUCCCCAGCGGGAAAGCGGCGUCCAGUUGCACCGGGGAGCGAUGAGCUCCCCGGCUGUCGCCGUCAAAGCUGCCGAAGACUGCCCGAAGGUCGUCGACGUCCGAACGCCCAGCGAGGGCCACGCCAAACCGAAGAUGCCCAAAGGAGACGAGUGCCGUAUCGUGAUCACCGACUGCGACGGUGCCGACGACGCCACCGACAGGGACAGCCGCGUCGCGGCGUGGUUAGGACAGGACGCGUCCGCGGCGUCGUCCGCCCUGGAAGAAGGCGAGCUCUCGCGCAGCGACAGCCAACCGCGCCGUCAUCACAAGCACCGCCACAAGCGGCGCCAGCGCAAGCACCACCACCACCGUCACUCGUCGACCCACAGCCGGUCCUCCCGGUCGGACGAGCCAGCGGCGAGUCGCUGCCAGAGCAGCAGGCUCGUGGUCGAGGUCGACGACGACUUCGCGUCCGAGUGCGACACCGUGGCCACGGGGCGCUCCGAGGGCGCCUGGUCCGGCUUGGCACCGCCCGACAGGGACGAGCGAAAGCGCAAGAACAAGAGAAAACGGAAGCUGAAGCGAAAGCCCGGCGAGGAAGACGACGAGGACGAGGACAGUCAGGAUGGAGGCGGCAAGCGUGACAAGAAAGCCGAGAUGAUCGUGGUGACCGUGAGUGCGGUCAUACUCACCAUCGCCCUGCUGCUCAUCGGCAUCACACUGGCGCUGACGCCUAAGAUCGACGAGAUGGUACGCAAGGAGAACGAGGUGAUGUUCCGGAUUCCGACACCACCGCCUGGGUUGCUGUCUUCCACGGGGUCAGUGGUCACAGUGCUGCAAGAGAACACAACGAUGGCCAGCCUCACGGCCGCCGGCUGAAGUCAACCCUGGCAUUGUCUCGCUGGGAAUCUCACUUAUCUUCAGGGCUGGCAGGCUCGGGAGAGCCGUGGACCUUGGCUUCACCAGCCGGGCAUGUCUUGGUGCCGUCCAGGAUGGGCGUUCAAUGCCAUCAGCUGCGGCAGGUGGCUUUGCUCACACUGAGAACGCGGUGGCGUAGUAUCGCCGUUUCAUUGUGGCCACACGGCCUCCUUGUCUAUUUGCUCUGCUCAUCUACGGCAAAUCACAGGAGGUAAUGCUCAGUAAAGAAUCACGGUUCCAGCACAGCAAGAUUGUACGUCUGUUUGUUUCUUUUUUUUUUUUUUUUGCGCGGUGCUAGGGAACAUCGUCGAGACACUGCUAGCGAUACGUGGCACGUGUUUCAGGGACAGUAUUGCCAUUCCUUAGCGUACAUGUCGUGCAUUCGUACUCUUGCUGUCCAGCCACACGAUCUGGGCACUCCGAAGAACCGCUGAGAUAUUCGUAGGAGGCACAUGUCCUCGAUGGCAAUCACAUUUAGCCUAUGAGACGGAGCGUUACUGAAAGUCAUUGUUGUCAGCCACUUUGCGAGCACUAUCUGCGCGCUAUAUACUCCUCAGAGCGCGCUUUGUUGUCUUCGUGCGAACAAAAUGUGGCCUGUGUUGAUGAAACGAGUGUUUUGUUGUUGUUAUUUAAACCAUGUUGUAAGAACGGUCUCUUCACGUUUAGAGUUAGAGCAUGUAACAAUAUCUCGUUUCUAGUAACGAAUAUUGAUCAGCUUAGUAGAUGGGCUGCUGCGCUUUUACCUGCAGCAGCGAUAAGGGUGCCAAGAGCCGUGAAUUGUCAAGGUCACGAUCUAGAAUAUGUCGCUUGAGCGUUCGGCUUUCACUUUGCCGUAGUAACAAUGUAGCCAGCCGUUAGUGGCUGAGUUGCAAAGGCAUGCUUGUUAGGAAAAGAAAUGGCCGCAGUCUUGU